GAUGGUAGGGAUCGCGGUUACAACGGAGGAGACCGGCUCACGUUGGCAAUAAGUUUGUACGUCGUACUGACUUAUGCUCGCAAUCAGUUCCAGUUCCGAGUCAUACUCCGAGCGUCGCGGUUCAAGUCGAUUCCCCCGACUAUAUGUACAUGUUACCCCUCUGUACCACUUUGCUGCACUCUUUGUCGCGUAUCCGAUCGUUCGAGUCGAGAGUUUAAAUUUGACCGGAUGACAAGCGCGCGCGUGCGAUCGUCGCGACCUUCUCGGUAAUUUUCGAUCGACGUGUGUCCGCGGUAUCGUCUUCCAAGAGACGACAAUGGUUACCUGGUCCGCGUCCCGUUUUCAUUAAUUUCCGAUCGUGUCGAUUUUUCCAUCGACGAUCAUUUUCGUGUGUCACAAGCGCGCUACGCGGCGGUAGUACGGAUUUUGAGGUCACGCUACCCAAUACGCGAUACAGAAAAUGAAUACCCUCGAAUACGUUAACACAGUGCCGAACGAGAUUCGAUAGCGUAGAGACGCGUAGAUACGUCUGGCGAAUUAUCGUUAUACUUAUGUUUGAACAAACAACUCCGGCCCUUGUGUCUGCUGUGUUCGUUAAAAAUAUAGUUGGCAAUGUGAAUCGAAUGUGGUAUUGUAAUUCAUUUGCCAGAAAUGUGCCGACGUUAUACAGAUUUUGUACACCGGUUAACGUCACUCUUCGAUCGGUGAUUCUUUUUACCUUAUUUUCAACGUCGCGUCUUUGGUUCGCUACAAUAUUCAAGUUCGAUAUACACGAAGGGAACGAAGCACGACAGUCGAGCGGUCGUCUUAACAACUUUAUAAUUAGAUACCAUUUUCCUAACAUCACAGUCUCCGCAUACUCUUAUCGCAAAUAAUAAAUACACGGUAGCCACAAUAAUGCGCAGACGAAGAAAAUUACAUUGAUCUUCGCCGAAGAAUAUCGCUUUUAUACCAGAGACUUAUAAAUAAAGUGAGUUUAAUUGUGUCGGCUGUUGCCUCCGACGUGAGAUUCGAAAGAAUCCCAACGUUGUUAUUUCAAAAAUAAAUCAGUAACCUAGAUAAACAAUCGAGGCAGCCGCAAAAUCUAU